UGAAUCUGCCUGACAGUAUACUCAGAGGCGACUUGGAACCUUUCGUGGAAUCCAUGGCGUUUGCUUGGCAGUGCUUGCUUGUUCGUGUUAGUGUUUUGCUGUUAGGUCACGCUCAAGGAAGAGCGGACAAUCCGGAUGGCACACAAUUGGUCGUUUCUCGUAAGAGUGUUGUGGCUGGUACAAAUACCACUCUGCGAGUUAAUUGCUCGAUUUUCGGGAGAGCUUUGAGAGCUGAAAACCUUUCGUGGACGAGACUUGGUCAGGACGUUGGCGUCAUGUCGAGGCAACUUAGUGACGUCACCCUUCAACUUGUGAUCCCGGAUGCAAAAGUGAGAAAUAGCGGGAAAUACCGCUGCACAGCAAGAACUGGGGUCACAUUAAUCAGCAAAGAUGUCGAUAUUACCAUUGCAGAUCCACCUGGAAGACCAAGAAACAUCCGCUUUCAAUCUUUAAACUGGAAAAUAUGCUUUAACUGGACUGCGGCAUCUUCUUUGCUCCCAGUUAAAUACAAAUGUAGAUACCGCUGCAUCUUUAAUUGCGGGCUCGAAGAUAGUGAUGACGUAGUUGACGGCUGGCACGAAACGUGUCAGUCUUCCCAGCAUGCUUCUGGGUCACGAACGCUUGGUUGUUGUCUAGAUCACGUGACAUUGUUUGUUCGUUACGAAGCUGUUGUGGUUACCGAGAACGAUGCUGGAACAGUGGAAAGUCGUCCAAUGGAGUUCGAGAAAGACUUGAACACCACUCUUGGUCCGCCUGUGGCGUUACGCGGGCAGGCGAGCGGGUAUGGGGAGAUCGUGGUAUCCUGGCAACCUAACCUGUACACGGAGGAGGCCAUGUCAUGGGAUGUCCAGUAUGUCGUCACGUACCACGCCCAAGGGAAAGCCAAUAGAACCUUGACGGUGCGUAGCCCGGGUCAGCAUCACGUGCGCCUCACAGACCUCGCUCCAUACACGCGCUACACGGUGUAUGUUGAGGCACGUGCGCCGAUUAGCCGAUCACAUGGGAUAGCAGCUGGUCCGCUCAUCGUCUACACACGGGAGGAAAGCCCCUCGGAUGCGCCUGUUAUUUCGGAGUGGUGGUCUGCAGUCAAUCCUGAAGACCUCCAGAAACGCAACGUCACCAUAAGAUGGAAGAUGCCAGCUCAGCACAAAUGGAAUGGGCGCAUCAAAAGCUUCCUGAUUGAGUACCGUAAGAAGGCUGGGCGUGUACCGUUGCAUGCAUGGAAUGAGGUGAUGCGUGUGAAUGCAACUUGGAGGCGUAGCGCCGUGCUAGUUGAGCUAGCGUGCCAAGAGAGAUAUGAGGUGGAGAUGAAGAUGUGUAACAGUGCUGGGUGCAGCGGGAUUAGUAACAGGAUCACACUAGAAGCCUUGACGAAUCUUCCAGGUAGAGCGCCUGUGCAGGAUUCCCAAGAGCAAGCUCCUCGUUGGACCUGGAUAGCCAUAAUUGGCACUGGAACACUUAUCCUCGCCUUUACAUGCAUGUUAUUGUUAGCCGUUUGUCUAAAAAGGUCAAUACAAGUAGGUUCCUGCCCUGAUCACGUGACAUCCAGUUCUCAACGCGUGACGUCAUGGUACCCUCUACAAGCAACAACUUACCACCGCAAGUCGGAGCCAGUAUAGUCGAGUUGGACGAGGAUCCUGGGACGAGUUCGAAGGCGUCCUCCCACCUUCCCUACGGACGUUGAUUGGUAUCCCCAGAAGCAUGGAUAGUGCUAGAAAUUCACGAGAACUUAUAUUUUGGCUACGGUUAUUGCUUUCACUUUUUUUCUUAUUAUUAUGUGAUAUGACAUGUAAUGACAUCAACUAGUAAUUUAUUUAAUAAAAAAUUUCUUUCAUUCGUUAUAAAAUGUAAAUAUAUGGACGUGUCUAUGCUCUGGU